UAUAUAUUAAAUGUGAAAGAAGGAAAAGAGAAAAAGCUGACACAUGGCCUCAAACAUGAAAAUGUUCUGUUCCAGUGCAGAAACCUCAACGUUCUGACCCAAAUAAAAGAAACUGAGACAAAUCACAAACAAGAUUCUGAAAUGUGGACAUGCACUUAUAAAACAUUGUAGAAUAUCUAAAAUGUUGACGCUUCUGUGUCUCAUUGCUGAUAGUUAUUCGAGUGUCACACAGAUAGAGACAAAUGUCAUCAGUGUAGAUAAAAUAAGAAAAUUUAGUUUUUAUUAUCAGCGCUGUAAACAUGAUGCUCGUGACGAUGUGGCGUCUUCAUUCAACUCAGCCGCCUAUAAAUACUGACGAGGACUCCUCCAUCAUUCAUCAGCUGACUGGCUGGCUGACCAGUGCAGUCAUGAAGGUCCUCGUCGUCCUCGUCUUCAUCUUUCUCUCAGGUUGUAAUGGUGGACGUUAUAAGUCCCCACCCCAAAACCAGGUAGAGAUUGCCAAGGAUGCUUACUGGCAAUAUGUUCAGCAGUCAACGUCGACCCCAGAGGAGUGCGUGAAGGAUAUCAGACACUCGCCUCCAGGACAGCAUCUGUGCGGCAUCAUCUCAAAGAGCAUCAAGGUCGUCCACACAUUCUUCCGCCUUGUGUACGCUCAUAUAGUAUCGUGGAUCAACAACUUCUUCCACAAGCUGUGCGACGAGAUAGAUCACCUAAAGCACGAUCUGGACCAUUUUCUGCACCACUUGGAAGAUGACAUACACCACCACAUCAACGAGCUGGCAGGGGAAAUCCACUACAAGUUGGAGGCGCUCAAGAAGCAUGCAGCCCACCACAUUGAGAGCUUGGACCCUCAGGGGCUGAAGAUAACUCUGAUGCAGACGUGCAAGGAGCUGGAAGAGCAUUUGCAGAAGUAUUAUGAACACCUGCAUACUCACCAUCAUCAUGAUCACCAUCAUCAUGGUCACCAUCAUCAUGAUCACCAUGAUCACCAUCAUCAUGGUCACCAUGAUCACCAUCAUCACGGUCACCAUCAUCAUGCCAACGAGAUCAAUAAGAAACUAGAUCCUCCUAAGACACACCGGCACAAGCUGGUUAAAAACUCAGAUCACCUGCAGGACGAGCUGGAGAACAUAUGGAACGAAUGGACAAGCUUGAGUCAGAAAAAGACUUCCUGA